AUGGAGUCACACCAACUCAAGCAUCGCGCUGUCUCUGCGAACGAGGAGGUUCGUGGAAUGAUGGGCAGCCAUGAUCGCGAUGUCACCGAUCUGGCGCGACUGGGAAAGAAAUCAGUUCUGAAGCGAACGUUUGGCAUCCUCUCCACACUCGGGUUCAGCUGUACGAUUCUUGCGACAUGGGAAGGCUUAUUCGAUGGAGGUCCCGGAGGAGCAGUCUACGCCUUUAUUUUUGCCUGGACGGGAACCGCAUGCUGCUUUGUAGUUCUAUCGGAAUUGGCCUCAAUGGCGCCAACUUCCGGAGGUCAAUACCAUUGGUGUGCAAUGCUUGCUCCGCCACAUCUCAUGAAGUUCCUCAGUUACAUGACCGGAUGGGUCACUGUCAUCGGAUGGCAGGCUGCUUUCGCCUCGGCCUCGUUUCUUGCUGGAACUCAGAUCCAAGGCGCUGUCCUUCUCGCUCACUCCCAUUACCAGCCGCAGGCCUGGCAUGGAACCCUGAUCAUGUGGGCGGCGGUCCUGCUGGCGUUGGGAAUCAACUUGGUUGGAGGCAAGUUUCUCCCCCGACUUGAGACGGUCAUCCUGGUGAUUCACCUGGUGGGCUUCUUUGGCAUCCUCAUCCCGAUGACCUACAUGGCCGACCAUAAGACCACGCACGACGUGUUUCGCAACUUCGUCAACAGUGGUGGGUUUCCCACUCAGGGUUUGUCAUGGUUUGUUGGAAUGACGGGCUGCGUUUUCGCCUUUGCUGGGGGCGAUGCUGCUGUGCAUAUGGCCGAGGAGGUGCGCAAUGCAUCGGUCGCCAUUCCCAGAGCAAUCCUACUGUCGGUUCUCAUCAAUGGAACGCUCGGAUUCAGCAUGCUGAUUGCUGUGCUGUUCUGCAUGGGUGAUGUCGAAGCCGCCCUGACAACUCCGACUGGAUAUCCGUACAUGGAGAUCUUCUAUCAGGCUACAGAUUCACUUUCGGGUGCCCUCGGAAUGAGUUCGAUCUUACUGAUCAUUGGAGUCUGCUCCGUGAUUGGGAUGCUCGCCGCGACAUCUCGUCAGUUCUGGUCUUUUGCGCGUGAUCGAGCUGUCCCUGGAUGGCGCAUCUGGAGCAAGGUCUCUCCCAUCAAUUACCUCCCGACGUACUCCAUCCUUCUCACCAUGACCGUAUGCUGUCUCCUCGGCCUGAUCAACAUCGGCUCCAGCGUCGCGCUCAACGCCGUCGUCUCUAUGGCCGUUUCCGGUCUUUAUCUCUCCUACCUUAUGGUCGGAAGUCUUCUUCUUUAUCGGCGGUGUACUGGCGCCAUCUCGCAAUACGAUCAUGGAGAAGAUGGAGUCAUCAAUGUCCCUGGGGCCAAGCUGGCCUGGGGGCCAUUCCAUGUGCCGGGGGUUUGGGGCACUGCGGUCAACACCUACGCUGUGAUUUAUAUGGUUAUUGUCGUGUUCUUCAGUUUCUGGCCUUCUCAGAUGUCCGUCGACAAAACGACGAUGAACUUCAGUGUGGUAGGCACCGGCGGGACUAUUCUCCUGGCACUUUUGUACUAUGUGCUGCGGGCGAGGAAGGUGUACGAGGGACCCGUGAUGGAGGUUUCCAUCUGA